AUAUAUAUAUAUUUAUAUUUAUAUCUAAAUAAAUUGCUUCAAAUUACUAACGCUACCAAUAAUCUUAGGGUAAGCGAGAACAACCGAGGAUUUGCUUGGAGAAAAAUCUUUGUGAGACUAUUAGCGUAAAGAAUUUUAUGAUCGCUUUUAUUUACUCUAACUCUUCAAUUUUUUCGUCCUAUAUCUUCCGACACUGUUGAAUAUUAUAGAUAGGUCUAUAGUAAAGCAAUAUCGGAUGAUACGGAUAACAAACUAAACAAACUCCUUUAUGUGCAUGUUACGAUGUUCUCAUGACGAGCAUGUUACCGAUUUUUCUGUGUGUUUUAUAGAAAACAGCUUAAUUAUGACUUACACAUUUCCAGGCGAUCGAUUUGAUGAAGAGCCUCGGCAUUACAAUAGUGGAAGUAGCGGUGGCUAUGGUAGUUCACAUAUGUCAAAUAUUGACGAAUGGGACUCUGGGCGGAAAUCUGUUGCAGAAGAGGUAUUUGGUAAGGCGAAGGACUUGUGGAACCGGGCAAGAGGGUUUGCUGAAGCCGAUGUCAGUGCUGCCGACGAGGAUUUCGAAGACGACUUUCCUUCAGAUGUCCACCGAGAGAAUUCUAACAGAGUCUCGCGAUUCAGAGAAUUCCGUGAUGAUGAUGAAUUAGAAAGGAAAUAUCCCGAGAGAUUUUCGAACGAUUCACGUAAACCACAUAGAAAUUCGGAUAGGGAUGCAGAUGGAAAUGAUGUUGAGGAGGGCUUCAAGUAUAUGUCGCAAUCUCGAGCAUCUAGUAAUAAGGCUGCGAAUACGACUGAUUUGAUAGACGAUUUGGGUAGUAAAAAUAAUUCUUCUGCAGUCAAUGGAUCAAAUGCUAAUGGGGAAUUUGCUGACUUCGCCGAUUUCCAAUCUGCAGAAAAAGCAGCACCCGCCCCGCCAUCAAAUCCACAAAGUCCAACAACGAAUGAAGAAUUUAGUAGUUUUAGCUCAGCUCCCGCACAGCCACAGGCUGGGGUAUCAUCAAAUGCUGAUUUAUUGACGGGAUUAUCAACAGCACCCGUAAACAAUUCACCCAGUCAAUUUAGCACGACCUUUCAGCCAGUACCUGUUAUGGGAAUGCAAAGUACGAUGCAGCCAGCCUUACAAUUAUCAGCCUUGGAUCAGACUCCCAUUGCACCCUCAACUGCUGAGAUGCUGAAGUCGAACAAUAACAAUCCAACUCAGAAGAAUACUCUAUGGUCUAAUUCUUCAAACCUGGAUAUUAAUCUCGACGAUCUAAGCAUAUCUAGCCAAUAUAAAAAGACACCGGCACCUUCAAUUAAUCAGCUGCAAAAUCAGAUUAUUGGUAAAAAAGUUCCAGGACCAACAAGCCCUCCCUAUUCUAAUGUUCAACAAACAGUACCUAUGAAUCAACCUAUGUACCCUGGUGGUGUUGGUGGGGGAGUUAUGUACAAUUCAGGCAUGCCACAAAUGCCAAUGAUGGUGGGACCACAAACUGGUGUUAUGGGCAUGGGAGGAGUAGCACCAAUGACAACUGCACAACAGCCAGUUAAUGCUCAACUGAAAUCAAGAGCUGAUAAAGCCUUCAGUAGUUUCGGAAAUUUCAGCAAAUGAAGAUGGUAAUGAUAAACUGAUUAAUCCCGGGGAAUUUUUUAAUAUGAAUAUAUAUUUAAGAAAUAAUAGUUAACUCGUUCAAUAUUGUUGGUGUUUACUAGGCGUUUUCCUAUAAAUCAACUUUCGAUGAUUUUUUCCAUGAAAACGAAACGCUUCAGCUGGACGUCUGGUAUGAAGCAAAAAAA